UUCAGAAUACAUGCAAUGCAUGUAUCUGCAGGCCAGUGUUUUCGGGGUGAAAAGACUGUGCUUCUCCAGAUACGAACCCAACUCACUUACAAGUCUUCGGCAUCCACCAAGUUGGUGCAGUGGGAUGAAAGAAUUGACUGCUGCCGGUGGCCUGGUGUGAGUUGCAACGAUGCUGGAUAUAUUAGUGGUCUUCAUCUCAGCAACGAGCCAAUCACCGGGGGAGCCAACCUGUCUCUCUUGCAGAAACUGCCAUCCCUUUCUGUUAUUAGGCUUGAUGGGAUCAACUUCUCUGCUCCAUUUCCAGACUUCUUUGCAGAUUUCACCAAUCUCACUGUUUUGAGCCUGGAGAGUUGCAACUUCACAGGAACAGUCCCUCAGAAAGUAUUCCAGGUACCAACUCUGCAAACCAUUAACUUAGAUUUCAAUGAAAUGCUUGAGGGUUCUUUCCCAAACUUCCCAGAAAAUGGAUCUCUUCAGAGUCUCACACUUUAUAAGACAAAGUUUUCUGGGGAUUUACCUGAGUCGAUUGGAAACCUCAGACUGCUGUCCCAAAUUGACAUUACAAGUUGUGAUUUUAGUGGAGCAAUCCCUGCUUCUUUUAUACAGCUUACCAAGCUUGUUGUGCUGAACAUGAAUGAAAAUUCAUUUUCAGGGCCCAUCCCAGAGUCACUAUUUUUCUUGCCAUCACUUGAAAACUUAGAUCUUUCUAGGAACAAAUUUUCUGGUCAGAUAAGUGAUUUGCAAAAGAUGAUGACUUCUCCAUUGGCACUUGUUGAUUUGAGUGGCAACAACUUGGAGGGCUUGGUAGUUGAGACAAGCAUACAAGCAGAAGAACUUCCCCUCCUCCCUCAAUUUCUAUAUUUGAAGUUAGCCUCCUGCAAACUUGAUAAAUUUCCCAAUUUUCUGAAAAAUCAGUCUAAACUGAUCAAUUUGGAUAUCUCCAGUAAUGACAUAAGUGGGGAAAUUCCAGGGUGGAUAUGGGGAUUCAAUUCCACGACACCACCCAAGGCUGAGUAUUUGGACUUGUCCAACAAUAAAUUCUCCAUGAUUCCUUUUGAUAUUGCUGAUCAAAUCCCACAUGUCUAUUUCUUUUCCAUUGAAAAAAAUAGAGUUAGUGGAAGGAUCCCAUCUUCUUGGUGCCAUGCAGCAAAUCUGGAAGUGCUCGACUUGUCCAACAACGCAUUGCAUGGCACAAUACCAUCAUGUCUGGUUCAUAAUAACACCAAUCUCACUGUGAUGAAUCUUAAAGGAAACCAUUUAAGUGGUGAGAUACCGCAAAAGUUUCUACCCACUUGUUCUUUUGUGACAUUGGAUCUUAGUCAGAAUCUCUUAGAAGGGCAGCUUCCUCCAUCCUUGGUCAACUGCACAAAGCUUAAGGUCUUAAAUCUUGGGAACAACAUAAUAAGUGAUACCUUUCCUUGUUGGCUCAAUAAAUUGUCUAAACUGCACAUACUCAUAUUGCGUUCCAAUCGUUUUGAUGGAAGCAUUUCUUGCCCCGAGCAUGGGGUAAACAACAACAGUUGGCCAAGCUUACAAGUCAUUGACAUAUCCUCCAAUAAUUUCAAUGGAAAUUUACCAACUGAUUUAUUCUUGGAACUAAAAGCUAUUUUGGUUGAUGAUAGAAAUGAAGCAAAUUCAACAGUUGACUACUUGCACUUCACAUCUCCAACACUUGGCAGUGUUUACUAUCAAGACUCAGUUUCACUUUCUCUAAAAGGACAAGGUUACACCAUAUACAAAAUUUUGUCUAUCUUCACCUCUAUUGAUUUUUCAAGUAACCAAUUUGAAGGGGGUAUACCAGAGAUUGUUGGUGAGCUUAAACUGUUAUAUCUCCUUAACGUUUCCCACAAUGCACUGACAGGCAAUAUUCCUCCCUCUCUUGAAAACUUGAAAUCUUUAGAAGCACUGGACCUGUCAUUCAAUAGCCUAACAGGAAACAUCCCAGAGCAGCUAGAGAGCUUAACCUUCUUGUCCUCCUUAAACUUAUCAUACAACAAUCUGGUUGGAAGGAUUCCACAAGGCAAACAAUUUAAUACCUUCGAUUCAAGCUCGUUCAUGGGAAACAAGGGGCUAUGUGGAUUCCAACUUAAUGUAUCUUGCAAUCGCAUUCACAAACCAGCAUCUUCACUACCAAAAUCAGAAGAGAAAGAGUCAGCUUACCAUGGUGAUAUCAACGCAAGCGUUGCAGUAGGAUUUGUUGUGGGUCUAGGAGGAAUAUUUUUGCCACUUUUGUUGUCCAAUAAAUGGAGAUUAUAUUAUAAUAAGAAGAUUGAUGGAGUACUGUUGAAGGUUUUCUUUCAGAGAGGUAAGGGGAGAAGAAAGAACUCUCCUUAA